GUUGAGAAGCAACGGAUAGUGAGUUUCCGAUUGUCGAGCGGUGAAGACGUGUCUACGUUACUAUUCGCGUCGUAAUUUUCUUCUUUCCGAACUCUUUGUUUUGUUCCAUCGAAUAUGUUUAUACGCAAACGGUAUCUUCGCGUACUCCGCUAGUGUUUUAUCAAGUGUUCGUUUCACAGUGAGAACCAAUCACCGGUUACUCGUUUUGGAGACAGUGGCUUCUGAGCGAUCUUAAAAGUCUAGGCAUGCCUAGGCAGUGAGCCGUCGAGUCGGGAUGGUGCCAUCUUCUGUGAAACACAGUGUUUUUUCGUGAGUCAAAGUGGAUGCUAAAAGUGCAAAUCUCACCAAGGAGCAAUGCGGUGGCAGUGCAGAAGAAGAAUGCUGUAAAAAUAGCCAAUCGAGAUAUUUCUCAAGCGGUUCAAUUGAAUUAUAUUUCCCUGUGCACUAGGGGAUAAUCUACGAGUGAAGCAUCCCUGAGCGCAGGGAUCUCAAAGCAAAAAGAUAUGGUGCUGAAUAAAUGGUUCGUCUGGCUGCCACUAAUGGUGGCCGGGCUAUCCAUUACCGUUGUGCAGUGCUUCAAUUUCGAAACGCGCCUUCCCAUCGUCAAGUAUGGGAAAACCAACACCUACUUCGGAUAUUCGGUAGCCUCCCAUACCGAGACGCUUCGGAACGGAGACAAAAAGAAUUGGAUUCUAGUUGGUGCACCCCUGGGCCAGAACUUGCAACCGGCAACCAAUCGAUCAGGGGCUCUGUUCAAGUGUCCGAUCACCCAGCAGAGCAACGAUUGCGAACAGAUCAAAACAGAUGGCCGAAGAAAACCUUCGGGUAUAUACGAAAGUGAUGAUGAGGACGAUGAUAGUCUCGCGCCUCCGGGCAUGGAUGAACUCAAGACAAACCAAUGGCUGGGCGUGACAGUGAAGUCCGGUGGCAAGGAAAACAAGAUUUUCGUAUGCGCCCACCGAUACAUGAAGGUUCAUGACCGAGGCAAGGCCAAGGAGAACGGGCUUCAUCUAGGUCAAGGUCUGUGCUACGUACUGAACAACGAUUUCACGUUUGGAUUCGCGGUGGAAGUAUGCCUGGGUCGUUCCAUCGAGCGUGAGCACGAGCAGUACGCGUUUUGCCAAGCCGGCACUUCCGGUAUGAUCCUGGACGAUGGCACCGCCGUGAUAGGAACUCCCGGGGUCAUGAUCUGGAAGGGUACGGUGUUUGCAGUGGAGGUCGAUGGAGAGUUUUUGUCCAGGGAUAAGACGCAGUACUACGGAGCGCAUGACAAUGCGGAUUCGCCAGUUCCUAAUUAUAGCUAUUUAGGAAUGUCGGUAACUGGAGGAAAGUACUUCGGAGAUUACAUGUCCUAUGCGGGUGGUGCUCCUAGAUCUCGGGGGAAUGGGCAGGUGAUCAUAUUCUCGAAUCGUAAUAAGCGAAAUCCAAUCGUCAAAGAGAAAGAGCUAAGAGGGGAGCAGUUUGGGUCUAGUUUUGGAUAUGAAAUGACCACUGCCGACGUGAACGGAGAUCAUGCACCUGAUCUACUCGUCGCGGCACCGUUCUAUUUCUCCAAAUCAGAAGGUGGAGCCGUCUACGUAUAUCAGAACAUGAACAACAAUUUUGCGGAUAAUUAUACCACCAAGCUAACGGGAAAAGUUGAAUCACAAUUUGGCAUGGCCAUUGCCAAUUUGGGAGACAUCAACAAGGACGGCUGCGAAGAUAUUGCCAUUGGAGCGCCCUAUGAAGGCAACGGUGUCGUAUACAUAUACUUGGGAACACCCAAAGGGUUGUCCACGAAGCCAUCGCAAGUGAUAUCAUCGAGCUCUCUAGGUCUCAAUGUGCCUAACCUGAAGACAUUCGGAGGUUCCCUUUCCGGGGGAAUUGAUCUCGAUAGUAAUACCUAUCCGGACUUGGUUAUUGGAUCGUACGACUCAGCAGCAGUCACUACACUGCUGGCACGUCCGAUCACAAACAUCAAGACAUCGGUGAUGAUCGAGGAGCUGCAAAACAUCGAUCCCACGAAGCAUGGUUGUCGAGCGGAUCCCACUGCCAACGCUACAUGCUUCUCCUUCAAGGCGUGCUGCUCCAUCGAGCCAUACGAAGAGUCGGGCCACUCCAGCAGCUCGACCCAGCCCCUGAAUCUGAUCUACACGAUCGAAGCAGAAACGUACAACAACUUGAAAAAGUUCUCUCGCGUCUACUUUGGACCGGAUACGCGCAAUCGAUCGAACACUUUGCGGAAACACAUCAGUGUCAUCACCGACGGACGGCAGGAGUGCCGGGAAGAAGUCGUCUACAUCAAGGACAACACACGUGAUAUCCAGAAUCCGAUUCGGUUCCGAUUGAACUACACGAUACUGGAUACGACGCUGCCGGCGUCUGCUCUGGACACACUGGAUCCCAUCCUGGACCAAACCCAGGCAGAUCGAACGUUUGAGGCUACAUUCCAGAAGGACUGUGGCCACGAUGGCAUUUGUCAGUCGAAGAUUGACGUGAAAGCUAAGCUUUCUUUGGAACAACAAGUGGACGGUUCAUAUUCACUGGUACUCGGCCGUGACCGUGGUAUACUGCUCAACGUGAGUGUUUCUAAUCAAGCUGAUUCAGCGUAUGAAACCCAUCUAUACGUGAAACACGAUCCCAGUAUAUCAUACAGUGGAACAAAGAGCCUGCACACAUGCACCCAGUUUAAUUCCACGUUGGUUGACUGCUCGCUCGGGAAUCCAAUGCGACGAGGUACAGAGGCGAAACUUUCGCUGCGAUUUGAUCCUCAACGGGUGGACGACCUGGUCUCCAAGCUGACCUUCCAAGUGUUUGUCAAUACGACGUCGGCGCUGCUCGAGGGUACCAAGAGCGAGGCUUCUAUCGUGGCCAACGUUAUUAAGCGCGCCAAGAUUAGCAUCUCGGGAGCUGCCCAUCCAGAGCAAGCUUUCUACGGUGGAGACGUGAAAGGGGAAAGCGCGAUGGAAACCGUGGAAGACAUCGGAACUGCUGUACAGCACAUCUAUCUCAUCUAUAACGAUGGACCAUGGAGGGCACCUAAAGUGCAAGUCAACAUACAGUGGCCGCACCAGGUGGCCAACGAUAAACCGCAGGGAAAAUGGCUGCUCUAUUUGACCGAUACGCCCACCGUUGAAGCUACCAACGGAGGCGAUUGUGUCGUUGAUCCUCAUUCAGCCAUUAAUCCACUAGGAUUGAAGAAAUCCUCGGUGCUCGGCCAACUGAUGCAGAUGGAGCGAUAUACACAACGAGCGUACAACAAAUCGCUCACAUUUACUUCCGAAAAAUCCGAACGAAUAUCGUUUGCUAAGCAAACAUCCUCAUCAUCGGAAAACACCCUCAAUCGAGUACGACGCGAUCGAUCGAUGAUCAUCCGUGCCGAACGACUGACCGAUAAGGACGGCAAACAGACCGAUAUCGUGCACAUGGACUGCAAACGAAACACUGCCAAAUGUAUUUCGAUCGUCUGCAACGUGUACGACGUGCAACCGAAGGCCCAGGUGCUCAUCAACGUCAAUGCUAGACUGUGGAAUUCUACGCUUGUGUCGGAUUACCCGAGGGUAGAUCUAGUCAAAAUUGCAUCCACCGCCAGGAUAAAGGUGUUCGAGGUGCAGCAGGAUCAUCCAAUCGAUUCUGUGACGGUUGAAACGUCUGCCUACCCCGAGCUGCUUGACCAAGUGGGCGACGGAUCGAUUCCACUGUGGUUGAUUAUAGUCGCCAUCGUAGGCGGUUUGCUGGCGUUCGCAAUUCUGACCUACAUCAUGUGGAGGUGCGGUUUCUUCAAACGACGAAGACCCGAUCCAACGCUCAGCGGCAACUUGGAGAAGAACAGCGAAAACAAACCGUUCCUUUAGUUGAGUGAAUAGUAGGUUAUAAUUAUGGGUCAAAAAUUACUUAAAACGUGAUAAAAACCAUCCAUUAGAUAAGAAAGCGUUCGGUGCUGCUGCAGCAAGAGAAUCAGUCCGAUUUUGUUGGAGAUCUUCAAUGAAGUAUUUAUGAAGUUUUGAAGAAAAAGAAACGCUUCGAUCUACCAUUAUCGUUUGGAACAAAAAUGCACGUAAUUAGAGUUUACACACCACAUCGAAUAAUAAAACCGGGACAUUUUUAGUAUGUAGUUAAUGUUACGAUAUAAUUUGCAAAAUCAACAAUCAUACAGGAUUCAUUCUUGUAGAACUACUUCAUUUUUUUUUCUUGAAAAUAGGGUUCAUUGUGGGAUAUAACAAAAUGAAGACUGAAAAAAUCACCUCGGAAAGGAUAAAUGAAACAAAGGAGUAAAAUAUUUGUAGAUCAGAUCGGUAUAUAUCGAGGUGAUUGGUAGUUCAUUAAUUGUUAAAAAGUGAUUUAAGAAAAACAAAUGUAAGGUACAUUGUGGUUUUCUCAACUAACUUUUGUGUAACAGCACAAACUAUCUUUUCGAGUUCAGAAUAGUUUGUUU